GGUGAGUGAGAGCGUUGCUUCACAGGGCUCAGAUGGGGAAACAACUGUAAUAGAAAGGGUUCACUCUAACACGCCUUUUUUAUUUUAUUAUUAUUACCUUUUUUGCCUCCAGAUUUGUCUUGUACUUUAAAGGCAUUUGAAGAUGAUGCGAUUGCUGUUUCUGUGUGUGCUGCUACUCCUGCCAGCUGCCACCGUUCUUGCAGAGGACUUUGAAGGAUCAGCUGACGAGUCAGAUGAUGAGGAUAUUAUUGCGGACAAGCGUGGUCGUUUGCUCACGGAACAAGAAACGGCAAUAGGAAGCUCCCACAAUGACGAAAGCACACAAGAAUCUCCAAUUCCUAUUCCGAUCAUCAUAGCUGUGGUUGUACUGGUGGCUCUUUCCGUCAUCGCAGUAGUUGCCAUAAUGUUGAUGAAACGACGGAAGCUCAAACAACAGCAAGGGAUUUACUCUGUACCCGUUGAGCAGAACCAUAAGGAAGCAGUCUAGUUCCUGGCAGCACAGCAGCUCUGCAGCACAAAGCCAAGCGAGCGAGGAGAACAGGCCGUGUUUUCCCCUCCUCUCCGACUCAGGACAUUUGAACUCAUUUGCACAUCAGCCUGCUUCUCACUGCCCACCGUCUCACAUACCCAUAAACCUAUCUAACCUGUGCAGUGUGACUUCUCUUUUCGCUGCUGUGCACUUUUUUUUUCUUCUUCUUCUUCUGUAUCCCAGCUUUUUGUUCCACAUUUAGACUGUGGGAUUUUUUUUUGGAACGCAUUCAAACCUUAUAAUUGGAUUCUGUUUGAAGAAUCCAAAUUAAAAGCAGAGCUUGUGGCUUGAAGCUUCUUUUUGUUGAAAUUAAUAAUUUAGCGCAGCCAAAACCUCCCUUUUUUUUUCUCCGAAGCAUAAAAUGAUUGACCAUUUAAGCAGAAAAACUGUAACUGUGCUUUGAUUUGCCUGCGUGUGGAACGGGCCUGUCUAUGAAAUGGUCGUUGACUGAGACAAACCGUGCUAAUCCGCAGUAAGCCAGCUGAGUGCUCACUUAUUUUCCCAUUCACUUGGUUGACAUUCUCUGUUCCUGGUCCGAUGGGAGCAACCGGCGCCAGUGCAAAGGCAAAACCCGCUCUUCAUCUUUUUUUUUUUUUUUUUUCAAAGGAGCAAAAUAAAGAUGAGUGGAUGCACCAGCUGAGCACAACUUUCAGCUACGCUGCAAAAUAAUCAACCACAGUGAAAGUUUUUGUUUCCUCCACCCCCCAUUUUUUUGUUCAUCUUAGCAAAGCUUCUGCUAAGUCUUAUGCAUUGUAACUUGCUCUCAGAAACCUGUGGAGCGUUGGAGCAAUGCCCCCCAUCACUGGUAGGAGGAUACUUGAUGAAGGGGAGGGAAUACAACAGUUGAAGCAGAAUGAUUGGGGAAUUGCAAACAACGCUUUUUUUUUUGAUGGAAGGGUGCUGGUUUCACUCACAUGACAUCAAUCACCACUAUGUGCAGGAAAACUUUCUAUGCAAGAAUCAAACCUGAAGACCAAUUUCAGAAACUGGUUCAGGCAAAGUGGGGUAACCCCCCGGCUUUUAGAAAUAUGGAGUUAAACACAUGACAUGAAGCAAAAUCUUAUUUCCACUAAAUCUUGUUGACGAGAAACAAUGCUUGGCUUUAAGAAAAGAGCAGUUGUCCAUGGAUCAAGUGUCAGGUAUCAACUUAUAAAAAAAUGAUGCGAAUUGGUACAAAAAAAUCUAAUGGCUUUAACACAAUUUAUAUCUGAACACAUCGUCAACACCUUUUAUUUUUUAAUUGUAGCCUUUAAUGUGUAAGCAUUUCAUUGAUAAAUAACGAGCUGGAAAAAAAACAGAACAUUUCAUUUUUUUUUUCGUCCACUACAUAAAUGAUUUUGGUUCUUGAUUCUGUUUCCUAACAAUCGUGCAGGGGUAUCUCUGUCCCAAAAGAUGUUUCUGCACACUUGCAAGAUGCAUCUAUGAUAUUUCCCCCUUUGGAAAGCCUCCCUAUUGCGACACUACUCACCAAAUGUAAUGCAAUACAUGUAGCAUUUUAACUUUGAGAAAAUCUGUCAUUUUAAAAAUGUAUGUCAAGCAUUGUAUUUAACCUGUUAUAAGUGCAGUUUAUCUGUGGAAAAAUGGCAAUGCUUUAAACGCCUUUUAUUGUUAGUAAUUGGUUAAUGCAAAUGUAAAGGCAGGUAGUCUGAUAACAGUAUACAGGUCAUAAUUAGUUAAAUUUAAAUUGUAUAUAUCUGCUGCACAUGUGACAUUUGUUCUAAGGACUAAAAACUUUAUAAAAAUGGCUUAAGGGUUAUCUUUAGUGAGGAACUUCUAUGAUUGGAGUAAGCCUUGUGUAAAAUAUAUAUCAGUGUAGAAUUUAAAUCAUCAUGUCAUGUUAAAUGCUUAUAUUCUUAUAUGCACUUUUUUUAUAUAUAGUUGUAUGCCAGAUACAUUUAUUUGGGUAUCCAUGUAAUUUCCAGAGCUUGUAAUUGAUGUAUUAACUGCCAAAACAGAAAAAAAAUACCAUCAUCAAUUUGCACAGCUACAGACACCUUUUUAUUUGUUCCAGCAAUUAAAACAGGGAAGCUGCUGUGUGUGUGUGUGUGAGUGUAUAUAUAUUAAAAGCUAUGCUGAACUCUGGAUUUUGCCCUAUUUUGACAUUAAAAGUACCAUAAAAUGUG